CAAAAUAACACUGGGUUUGCUUGAAAACAGCAUUUUUCUCUCAGAUUUGUUUACCAAACCUUUACAAUUUUUUUCUCUGAAUUAGUAUAAGUUAUACGAAAUAAUCUGUAAGUUAAACAUAAAUAGAGCACUGCAUAUAUUUAAGUUAGAACGAGACAUUUCUGUAAAAAAGAAAAAAAAGAAACUGAAUGAACACCUCAGCUUGUGGGAUUUAGCUCCCUCUAGUGUUCUCUUGGUGCAUCUGCAUCAAAUUUCUCUGAAACUGCACACUGGGUUUUCUUGCAGGUGCGUGCGACGUCUAUGCCAUUAAAAGUCACGGUAACAUCCCUACAAAAAAUUACUUUGACCAAGAUUUGUGUUUUUUAUAAUGGGAUUUGACGCUAAAGUGUAAAAUGUACAAGAAAUGUCGUUUCAUUCAUCCACCAUUCAUUGAUUCAUUGACAUUUAUAGCAUUUGUGCAUGAACACACCAUUCAAUCUGAAUUAAGGCUUUUAUAUUACAUUUAAAAACGCAUUUUAUUUUAUAACAUUUUUACCAGCACACAUCUUUUGAGUAGAUUUCGAAAAGCAUCGUUAAAUGCACCAUUGUGUGCAUCAUCACCAUCACCAUCAUCAUCAUCAUCAUCAUCAUCAUCAUCAUCAUCAUCAUCAUCAUCCUGCAUAAAGGAGGGCAAACAGUUCAAAUGGCCAGAGGGCUGCGCGCUGUAGCAACCCCGAGCUCCCCACAGCGUGACGAAGCGGGAGCGAGCCAACCACAGCCAGCAUCAUCUGCACACAAGAGGACCACACGACCAUGAAGCUCGGUCUUUGCUCUGCGCGAAGCUUCCUGCGCCCAUGACGCGCCUCACUUUGCGUUUUAUCCACUUUUGCCUGAUUGUCUUGGCGGCAGGGAGAGAUGUGGACGCUGUGGAGGAAUCUGCUGUUGCGCCAGAGGAGUCUCUGCUCAUCUCUCCACAAAGUGGAAACUGAAUAUGCGUCUCCAGGGCUGUUUCCAGCAUUACGCAUCAUGGAAGUUGCACAUGUCUCCACUUUAACCUGCGCUAAAGCCUCGUAGAUGAUUUUUCUGCGCGCGAGUUUCUGGCUGGGGCUCACUGAAGAACAUCGGAAGCACAGACAUGGCAGUGUCAAACAUGGUGUUCUCUGACGUGGAAAGUUUUCUGGACUCGCAUCCCGAGUUGCUGGAGGAUUACCUGAACAGAAAGGGGGAUUAUGGGAUGGUGGAGAAAUGGCUGAAGAACCACCAGCCGAGCAAAAGUCCCGCUGCUUCAGCUCCAGCCGAACCAAGGGAGGAGAAGAUCAGCGCCUGCAAGGACAGCUGGGCGAGCAAAUGCGAUGGUCUGCAGCGGAGGGCUUCUCAGAAGGAGCUGCGCAAAACUUUCGCCAGAUCCAAGGCCAUCAACGCCAACAGGACGUAUGACGAGCACGUGAACUCGCGGGCGCAGGAGCCACUGACGAGCAUGAGGAGGAGAGCGCUGCUGAGGAAAGCCAGCUCUCUGCCUCCAACCACUGCGCACAUCCUGAGCGCGCUGCUGGAGUCCCGGGUCAACAUCCCCCAGUACCCAUCCACGGCCGUGGAUUUCAAAUAUUACCUCAAAGAGCACAACGAGAGGGAGUUCUUCCUGGAGCUGGUCAAAGACAUCUCCAACGACUUGGAUCUAACGAGUCUGAGCUACAAAAUCCUGGUGUUUGUGUGCAUCAUGGUCGAUGCUGACCGCUGCUCCUUGUUUUUAGUGGAGGGAACUGGCAACAAGAAAACACUAGUGUCCAAAUUCUUUGACGUCCACGCAGGUACCACGGUUUUAAUCUCCAUGAACUCAGAUGAAGUUCAAGUUCCCUGGGGGAAAGGAAUCAUUGGAUAUGUGGCUGAACAUGGAGAGACAGUGAAUAUUCCUGACGCCUAUCAGGACCGACGGUUCAGUGAUGAAAUUGACAAGCUGACAGGAUACAAGACCAAGUCUCUUCUGUGCAUGCCCAUUCACAACAGUGACGGGGAGAUCAUUGGAGUCGCUCAGGCCAUCAACAAGACCUCAAAUGGAGAGCUCUUCACUGAAGAUGAUGAGAAGGUCCUGCAGAUGUACCUGCCCUUUUGUGGUAUCGCUAUUUCCAACGCUCAACUGUUUGCUGCCUCCAGGAAGGAGUACGACAGGAGCCGGGCACUCCUGGAGGUGGUCAAUGACCUGUUUGAAGAGCAGACAGACCUGGAGAAGAUCGUCAGGAAGAUCAUGCACCGUGCACAGACGCUCCUCAAGUGUGAGCGCUGUUCUGUUCAGCUGUUGGAGGACAUCGAGUCACCGGUGGUCAGAUUCACCAAGUCGUUCGAAUUGCUGUCUCCAAAGUGUAGCGCAGAUGCUGAGAGCAGCUUCAAAGACAGCAUGGAGAAAUCGUCUUACUCCGACUGGCUCAUCAACAACAGGAUUGCAGAGCUGGUGGCAUCAACAGGACUACCUGUAAACAUCAGUGACGCCUAUCAGGAUCCACGCUUCGAUGCUGAGGCUGAUCAGUUUUCUGAUUUCCAUAUCCGGUCUGUGCUUUGUGUCCCCAUUUGGAACAGCAAUCACCAAAUCAUCGGUGUCGCUCAGGUGCUCAACAGGCUGGAUGGGAAACCGUUUGAUGAUGCAGAUCAGCGUCUGUUUGAGGCAUUUGUGAUAUUUUGUGGGCUGGGAAUCAACAACACCAUUAUGUACGACCAGGUGAAGAAGUCCUGGGCCAAGCAGUCUGUGGCUUUGGAUGUUUUGUCCUACCAUGCAACGUGCUCCAAGACUGAAGUUGACAAAUUUAAGGCUGCUAACAUCCCCCUGGUCUGUGAGCUGGGCAUCGACAAGCUCUCCUUUGAUGAUUUCUCCCUGGACGUCGACGCCAUGAUAACGGCGGCGCUGAGAAUGUUCAUGGAGCUGGGAAUGGUGCAGAAAUUCAAGAUCGACUACGAAACACUGUGCAGAUGGCUGCUGACUGUCAGGAAAAACUACAGAAUGGUGCUCUAUCACAACUGGAGACACGCCUUCAACGUUUGCCAGUGCAUGUUCGCCAUGCUAACGACAGCAGGUUUCCAGGAGGUGCUGACAGAUCUGGAGAUCUUAGCUCUCAUCGUGGGUUGUGUGUGCCACGACUUAGACCACAGGGGCACCAACAAUGCUUUUCAAGCCAAGACGGGUUCAGCACUUGCUCUUCUUUAUGGGACCUCUGCUACACUGGAGCACCACCACUUCAACCACGCCGUUAUGAUCCUGCAGAGCGAGGGUCACAACAUCUUCUCCAACCUCUCGUCCACGGAGUACAGCGACCUGAUGCAGCUGCUGAAGCUGUCCAUCCUGGCCACAGACCUCACGCUUUACUUCGAGAAUAGAAACAUGUUCUUUGACUUGGUCAGCAAAGGAGAGUACAACUGGAAUGUGAAAGCUCAUAGGGACAUGUGCAGAUCCAUGAUGAUGACAGCGUGUGAUCUUGGUGCCGUCACAAAGCCCUGGGAUAUAUCACGCAAGGUUGCAGAGUUGGUGACGAGCGAAUUCUUCGAGCAGGGCGACAGAGAGAGGCUGGAGCUGAAGCUCACGCCCUCUGCCAUCUUUGACCGAAACAGGAAGGACGAGCUGCCUGGACUUCAGCUGGAGUGGAUUGAUGGAAUCUGUGCACCUUUGUACGAGACCCUGGUCAAGUUGAAUCCCAAACUUCAGCCCAUGUUUGAUAGGAUCCGAGCUAACAGGUCCAAAUGGGAGGAACUGAACAAGAAGAGACAAUCUGGAGUAGGCAUUUCCGACCCCCCCAGCACCUGCAGUGGUGAAAGCACAGAAACCAGUGGCUGCACUGUGGCCAAAACGGGCAGCACACCCUGCUGCAGUGGCAACACUGAUGGCUCACAGGAGACAGCCAGUUAGCUUCUGCUGACGCGCUAAUGCCCCAAGCCUUUUUUCUCCCCAAUGCAAUCUGCAGCAGAGGCAGUGCAGUGCAUGCAGAGGUCCCCGGCUCUGCUCCUCUUCGCUUUUUGCUACAUGAGAUGAGCUUUAUUUGCGUGUGGCGCUGUCUUGGAGGUUAUUCUGAUCCUUUCAGUUUCCCUUUACUGAAAGGUGACAGAUCUGCGUUUGUUUGGCAGGAUUUUGAGAGCGAUUAAACGAUUGGCACCAUGUUUGAAACCCAAUGUGUCAACCCAGCGUUGGCAAGAUACUUUUCGGAAAAGACCAAGCACAACUUUCAUGUCCACUGAAGUUGGAUUGGGACCUAGUGACUUGUUGCUUGUAUUUUGAUCAGGGGGUUAACAGAUUUUUUUUUUUGUAAAUCUGUAAAUAGGCUACUGGGUAUAUUUACAAGUGCUGUUGAAAAGAAAAUUAGGUGUAUGCAUUUGAUUGGAAUGUUGUGUGGUGGUGGAGCUGCAGAGAUGGAGGUGCUGGAACAGCAGUGUCUGUGAUGGUGCUCGCAUUGCAAUUUGAAUUCUCCGCUCCCUCCCUUCCUGUGCCUUGUUUUAGAGUCCUUAAAAAAAUGCAUGGCCUCUUCUCUGAGGUUGUUGGGCAGUAUGGUAUCGAUGUUGAUUCAUACUGUGUUUAUGCCAUAAUUUUUAAAACCAGUGACUGUAGUUUAGUCUUUACCCCUUGAUAGCCAAAAUAUUACUUAAAAAUACUUAUAAAUAUAUAUUGCCCUGCUUUUUUUUUUAAAUACAGGGCCUCAGUUUUCACACACAAUGUGCCUUCAGAAAGUUCUUCUUAUAUCAUAUUCAUUUCUACAGGCAAGUCCUCAGCUACACUGAUUUAAAAUCCUAAAACUAAACUGCAGGUUUAGUUUCACAAGCAGCAGUUAGAUGUUCCUUCUGAUUUUUGGCCUACUAGUUUAAGUUAUUUUGAAGCUAAAAGAAGCAAAUUUUCAUCUGAGAUCAGGAUUUAAAUAAAACCUCAUAAAGUGGGUGUUAAAUAAUUAUCACAUUAUCUUAUACUUUCUAAAGGUUUAAAAGGGGAUAUUUGAAAAGAAAACCAGCCCUUUUGCCAUCCAUGUCUUUAAUUUGUUGGCUUUGAAAAGGAAAACGGAUUUAAAUAAUUUAUCUAGUUCUCAAUAACGGCUCUACACAUACAAGCACCUUUUCUUAAACCAUCAAAAAGUCAGCAUCAGGUGGAAUGUAGAGAUUUUAAAAUGUAUGAAUUUUUUCUUCUACCCUGUUGCGCCACUGUCUUUUAUACAGGAGAAGAUGGAACUUUGUUUAAUGAAGGGUUAAAUUCAAAAGUAUAGGUUAUACAGAGAACUAGCUUAACGUCAGCACACUGGAACAUACCAAAGUCUCUCUUGAGGAACAAACAUGGCGUGGUCCAGAGGGAUACACAUUUCUACUCUUUGUUCUGUCAACAGGUUACCCGAUGGCUCCAGGAAGCCAAAAUCCCAUAGACUUCAAUUGAGAAAUAAGCAGUUAUUACUCAGUAAUUAUAUUUGUCAAACUAACUUCUAGCUCUGAUACCUUUUUUUUAAUGGUCAAUGGUUUGAACCCUGCUGUGAAUUCAGGGUCUAAUUCUGACUGGUUAAACAGAUGGGUGAUGCAACCUGCAGUAGUGUGUGCCUACAAUGGAUGCAAAAAAGCAUGUGGGAGGAGUCACAACAUCAAUCCUUUUACAAAAGUACAAAACUCGGCUACAAAAAACAUUCUAUAAUAGCACUCAGAAUACAAAUUUAAUUUACCUUCAUGGUAGCGCCUUUGAGUAUUUUGUUUACUGACAGCUUGGUUUGACUUUCUCCAUAUGAUAUUAUUUGCCCCGAUCUGUAUUAUUUGAUAAAAAAGAGUAAAAAAUGAUGGAGACUGGUAAAGACACAGUUGUUGAAAGUGUUGCUCACAUCUAUUGGGAGUGAGGAACACAGCGCUUUUAUGAGCUCAAAUGACACUUGUUUUGGUUCACAGAAACAGAAUUAAGAUGAAACAAGUGUCAUCUGUCAGUCUGCCCCAAGGCACCUGUGGCUACAUCAGUAGCUUACCAUCACCAUGGAUACACAUUGUAAGUGCUUUGAGCGUCUGGAAAAGCGAAGAAAAAUCCAAUCCAUUAUUAUUAUCAUUAUAAUUAUCAUUAUUAUUAUUAUUAUCAUUAUUAUUAUUAAAUAUUAAGUACAACCUUUUUUUAGGCGGAAUUUUUUGUUUGGCUCAAUUUUUUCGUUAAAAUUGAUCCAAUUCUUCUUAAAAUGAUGUAACUGGAACCUCAGAUCAGCAACACCAAGCUGCAUCACAAUCCUUCAAACUAAAGUUUAGCAUCUCACAGCUCAGUUUGAUAGCCAAGUGCUUCACAAGCAAUCAAAACAUCAGCACGUUUGCAAACCUGCACAAAAACAAAACUGUGGAUAUCUCAGUUUUUUAUAUCAGCAAUGAGUUAUGAUUAGCAUUAUUUGUCACAUGACAGUUUUAAAGAAUUUGGAGUCCACCUUUUAAAUCCAAGAAAACUUUUUUUUUUUUCAGUUGAGGCUAUCUUCAUUCUACCCACUAUGUGCCUUCAUGUUAUCCUUAGACCGUAAUUUUAUGUUAAUUUAUUCAAUGUCAUUCUUUCCAACAAGGUUAAAAUGGAAAUAUACCUGAAACACCUGUUUGUAAAGACACCACAUUCAUGCUUAAAAACCGAAAUAAUCUUCAUAUGUGAACCCUAUAUAUUGCACUUUCUGACCAGAGAUCAUUGAACUGGUGAAGAAUUUCUGUUUACAGUAACUGUCUUUGCCUUUAAUUUUUAAAGGAUAUUAAACCCCAUCCCUAUCCAUGUCAUCAACAAACUAACUUUAGUGUUAAUUGGCCAAUGGACUUUAAAACUUUCACGAGUAGCAAAGCUUGGGGUUUAUUUACUAGUAAAGCUGACUGGACCCGAAGCCACAAAAUGCUACUGAGUAUUCACUGCAGUUAGUGAAAGUAUACUUCCUCAGAGAUUGCUUUAAAAACUGACACCGUGAUGAUGGGAGGGAGCACCAAAAGUUGGGAUUAGGAAGAGGUCCCUCAUCUGCUAAUUAGGAGAUCAUUAGCUGUUCCUUUCAAAUAUGUCAUGAAGGAUCCCCAGAUCCUAAAGAGCUCCUCUGAUGUAUUUCAGAGUUAAAUGCGCUUUCAUUUUUUCCAACAAUAAAAGCCCUGCUGAAAUUCACAACAAGACAAGAAUCCCAAACACACCAGCAAAAUCAUCUUUAUCCUAAGCUCUGUUCCUUUACUAUCUCUUUAUCUUUAUUACCUCCUCAUUACACAGCUUAUAACCUUAAAAGUGAUCUAUAGGAUUUGCAUAUUUUCAUGACUGUUUGUGUCAAAUAGACUGUGUACUGUUUUAAAGUUAUGCACAUGGCUGCUUCCUUGAUGCAUUUCCUGCAAUUUCCUCUGUCGGGUCAGAAUUGGUGUGGAAUUUCUUUUUUCCUGUGCAUGUUUAUGAAUGAUAAAUCGGGCAUAUGCAUUUAACCCCUUGAUAACUGUGAAUGAAAAUAUGCAUCAAACCAAUUUGGCACCAAAAUUACCCUAAUUUAGCCUCUGCUUGAAAGCAAAAACAGAAGUGAUUUGUUAUUCAUAGAUAAAGAUAAAUUACAGUUUCCCUGAUGUAGACAUUGGGCCAGAUAAGACAGUUUAAAAACAUAUUUUUUUUCCCCCACACUACUUCUUUAAAUUUAAAAGUUUUUUGUUUGUUUUUGAUUUUAGAAAGUGAAAGGCAGUUUUUUUUAAAGGAAAAAUCUUUACUUUUAGUGGAAUAAACGUACUUUAAUCUGACUGUUGCGGCACAAAUGUUUCAAUCUGAAUAUCCAGUCGUCUGUUAUCAGACGACUGGAACCUGCAGGACAGAAGUGCCCAUUUAAUGACAAAGCUUUUAUUUUGAUAUUAUCAUUGCUCUUAUUAUAAAUGUUAUUGGAAGUUUGUUUCCUGGGCUGGGGUAUGCCUUAUGAGUUGUGUUGUAGCUUUGUUAACUGGAGUUCAAAUGUGACUGUGCACAUUGUGGCAUGGAUCUAUGCUCUACUGUAUUUUAGAUGGAAAAUCUCAAUCUGGAAAAAGUCUUUUUUUUUUCUUUGCAUGUUGUAAACCGUAUGAAACAAUUUGCUAAGGAUGUAGCAAACAAGUGAGCCAACAAAUACCUCAUAUUUUCAUCAGCGCACACUUUAUCUUAUCAGACAUGCAUGACUUAAAAUUUCUUGCAUCAUGUUAAGUAAGUUAUGUAUAAAUAUUGCUAUUCUAUUUUUCUAUCGGGUAUUCACGUGUGGCCAGUAUUUACUCUUUUUCCCCCCUUAUUUUUUGCAUUGUAACCUGUUUCUUGCAUUUCUUUCUCCUUCUCCUAGUUCGGGUUUGUUCAGACUUAUCUGAAGGAAAGCUAAGGCAUGAAAAGGCAGAUGUGCAAUGUUUCUGUUUGAAUUUAAAUAAAAAAUAUGUGCUGCUGUGUGCGCUCUGAUUUACUCUGA